UGAAUCUGGUACUCUUCUUUCUACUUGUUUUGGUGAGUUUGGUGGAGAAAGAAACUGAAGAUUAUGGUUUCUUUACACAUUCAACAAACCAACUUACAAUAUUUAGCUCACUUCAUUUUCAAUAUGUUCCAAAGCUAAAACUCCAUUGAGUGUUCAAAGCUUUCAGGCAAUGGCUGAGGUAGACAGCUUUCAGAAUCUGCUAGCUGCAAGGAUGUUACUGAAAACUAGCCUAGAGAAAUCAAGAAGUGUAGCUUCUGCCCUGGAGAAAACUGGCCCCAGGUUGGAGGAGAUUAAGCAAAGUCUGCCAUCAUUGGAAGCUGCUCUUCGGGCACAGAAAUGCAGUCUUGCUGCACUUGGGGGCCAUAUCAGCCGCGCAGUUGGCCCUGCUGCUGCAGUUCUGAAGGUGUUUGAUGCCAUCCAUGGCCUAGAAAAGUCACUUUCAUCUGACCCGAGUUCGGACCUCUAUGGCUACCUCGUAGUCGUUAAAAGGCUCGAGGAGGCCUUGAGGUUUCUGGCUGAGAAUUGUGGAUUGGCAAUAAGAUGGUUGGAGGAUGUGGUCGAGUUCUUGAAAGAAAAUGCAGUCACCGAUGAUCACCGGUACCUCUCCAAUGUGACUAAAUCUUUGAAGAUCCUCAGGGAGUUGCAGGCAAAUGAGGAAUGCGCCCGUCUCGAUGGAGGGCUUCUCAGUGCUGCAUACGACAAGCUGGAAACCGAAUACAGACGGCUUUUGAGAGAAAAUGGUGUUCCUCUCCCCAUCAUUUCCUCAGCAUCCUCCAUUGUUGCUCCAUCAUCUUUACCAGUUUUUGUUAUUCAGAAGUUGCAGGUCAUUAUUGAGAGGUUAAGUGCUAAUAAUAGACUUGAAAACUGUCUUUCUACUUACAUAGACAUUCGUAGUUCAAAUGCCAGAGCAUGUUUAGAAGCUCUUGGUUUGGACUACCUCGAGAUAUCUAUCUUUGAGUUCGAUAAUUUGCAGUACAUGGAGAGUUCCCUAGAUAUGUGGAGCAAGCAUUUAGAAUAUUCUGUGAAGAAUCUGCUGGAGCUCGAGUAUCAGCUGUGCAACGACGUAUUCGAGAAGGUUGGAUUGGAUGUUUCAAUGGAUUGCUUUGCAAAGAUUGCUAUCCAGUCCGGAUUUCUGGCUUUCAUCCAAUUUGGGAACACUGUCACAGAGAGUAAGAAAGAUGCAGUCAAGCUCUUUAAACUAUUGAAAAUCUUCCAUACUUUGAAUGAACUGAGAUUGGAUUUCAACCGCCUAUUUGGGGGAAAAUCUUGCAAUGAAAUUCAAAUCCCAACGAGGCAUCUCAUCAAGAGGGUGAUUGAUGGUGCUUGUGAGAUAUUUUGGGAGCUUUUGCCGCAGGUGGAGGUUCAUAGGGGGACUUCUCCUCCUUCCAAUGGCAGUGUUCCGAGUCUGGUGAGCUUCGUCAUUGACUACUGUAACCAGCUGCUCGAGGAUGAUUACAGGCUAACCAUGAUACAGGUUCUGGAGAUUCACCAGAACUGGAAACACCAAAAAUUUCAAGAGGAACUCUUGAGGAAGGAGGUCUGCAACAUUGUGGAGGCUAUUCGGCUGAACCUGGAUGCCUGGUCCAAGUCCUAUGAGGACACUCCACUGUCCUACAUUUUCUUGAUGAACAAUCACUGUCACUUGUACAAGGCCCUCAAGGGGACAAGCCUUGGGGACCUCAUAGGUGACUUUCAGUUGAGAGAACACAAAAAGUAUAGGGACUAUUACGCAUCGAUCUACUUGAGGGAUAGUUGGGGAAUGCUUCCAGGCCUUUUAGGCCAUGAAGAUGAGACCUUAUUCUCAGAUGGAAGGGCCAUGGCCUGCAGUCUGGUGAAGAAGAAGCUGAAGACAUUCAAUGAGGCCUUGGAUGGAACCUAUAAGAAGCAAUCGAACUGGGUCCUGGCCAACAAAAACCUCAGGAAGAGGAUAUGCCAGCUUGUGGUUGAUGCCAUUGUGCCUGUAUAUAGGAGCUACAUUCAGAAAUAUGGGCAUUUUAUUGAACAAGACGGCAUUAAGAAUGUGAAAAUUUACACUGAAGAGGGUUUGGUGAAUAUGCUGAGCUCAAUGUUUCAGCCAAAGAUGGGGAAGUGUUAUAGCACUAAUACCAGGCACUCCAUUGAUAAAAAGAGUGAGAUUGUCACCAGUCAGUUUCCCUCUACUACUGUUGUAGCAUGAUUAUGUAUCCUGUUUUUGCCUCUCAUCAACCAUGAGGGACUCCUGACUUCUUGUAAUCUUGAUCUAAUUUGCUUAA